UAAAAAAGAUUAAUUUUUUAAACUCUUUAUUAAUUAAUUCCUUAAAAGCUCAUUUUUUUCUAAUUCAAUAAUUAAAUGAAAAUAAAAAGAAUAAAAAUCAUAGAGGAAGAUGCUUUUUCCCAAAAAAUGCUAGAUGUUAAAAAUUCAUUUUAUUAGUCCCAAAAUAAAUGUGUUAAUUCAAAAAAAGAGGGAAAUUUUAAAUUUUAGAUUGAUUCUGGUUUUUUUCUUAGAUAUUCAUUUAUGUGAUCUAAACAUAAAAUACUGUAAUUUAUAUCAUAUUCAUCUUCAGGAAUAUUCAGAAAAGGCAAAGACUUAAAAGAAGGCAAAAUAAUAUUAUUUCCUUCAUUUUAAACAGCUUAUAUUUGUGCAAUUUUGUUCAUAUAUUUAUCUGAUUUAGUUAAAAAAAUCAACUUAUGGUUAAAAAAAUCCCCGAAAUAAUUAGUAAGUGCAAGUGCACUUUCAUAAUUUAAUAAAAGAAGUAUUUUUUUCCAUAAUCCUAAGGACAAUAAUCCCCUAUAGACAUAAAAAGGAAACGAAUUGUAAUUAUUUUCAGGAAUGUUUUAAUAUCUAAAUUACAAGUAUUACGGAUGUAUAAUUUCUAGAAUAUUAGAUAAAGCAAUAGAAGCCAAAAUACUUAAAUUUUAUUGCUUUUUAACGUAUUAUUUAUUAUAAUAGUCAAAUAAAGAAUCAUUCAGGUUUCUUGAUUAAGUCGAAUUUGGUGAAAAUUUAAAAGCCAAACUCAUUAUAUAAUUUCCUGUUUUUUAUGAAAGAUCGUAUUUAUUACAUAUAUAUAUACAUAAACGAAAAACCUCAAAUUUUUCUAAAGUUCAAAGUAUAAAAAUUAUAUUUUUUUAAUUUAUAUUUGAUAAAUUUUCCUCUGAUUUUAUUUCUGUUAAGUACUUAUUAGUUUAGUUUAUUGAAUUUAUAUAAUUUAUUAUUUUUAGCAUUUAUUUAUCAGUUAUUUUUAUAUUUGGGCGCGUUUUUAUUUAAUGAAUUUUUUAAAUUAAGUCUUUUUAUUGGAGUAUUUAUUAUUUAUUUUCUUCCAGUUAAUUUAUUCCUUGUUGUUAAUUAUCUUAUUAUUAGUUUUCUUCUUCUUAUUCGUUUACUAAUGUAAAGGAGAUAUCUGUUAUAUUGGUUUAGUCUUUCAUUGAUUAAUUGAGGAUAAUUGAAAUAUUAGAUUGUUAUUUUUUUAAUAUUAACCAUUCGUCAUCAGGAUCAAAGUUUGUUAGAUGAUCGAAAUCCUAUUGACAUUAUUAUAUAAAAUCAAAUGAUAAUUCAUCUAUUUUAUUAGAAGAGUUUUAAUUUUUAUUUGAUUUUUCCUCUUUUUUAUCUUAUUUUUCAUUAUUUUAUUAAUUAUAAUUGAUAUUGUCUUCAACUUCAUAAUAUUAAUUAUUAUUAUUAUGGUCUUCUUAAUUUUUUUUUUUUUUUUCAUCUGUUUUAUUUUAAUCAAUAUCUUCUUAUUCAUCUUCAUUAACUUCAAUUAUUUAAUCAGAUUAUUCUUUUAAUUGAUUAUUAUUUUUAUUUUCUAUAAAAGAUAUAUCAUCAUUAAAUUCCAAAAUUUGCUAAUAUUUAGAAUUAUUUUCUUAAUAAUCUUGUUCUUAAGCUUCUUUAACUAGAUCUUCCAAAACUAACGUAGCGUAUCUUUUAAUAAUCCCAUGAAUUUAUUUAUUAGGCAAAAGAGACCUAAAUUAAAUAACGACUUCAAGAAUUUAAUGCCAUUAUUCAAUAUUAUCUAAACAUUCAAUUGCUCUUAAAGGCUCUUUAAUUUGAAUAAAAAGUUCUGCCGCUUUUUGGUAAUUUUCAGAAAUAUAAAAACUUUCUGCUGAGCUUUUUAAAUUUCCAGACAAUAAGUAAGAUUCUGCUGCUUUUAAAUAAUUUUAACUGCUAAAAAAACAUUUCGCAGCUUCUUCAUAUUUUUUAACUUUUAGGAAAUAUUCUCCUAUUUAUUCAAAGGUUUUUUAGGCUUUUUUUUUCUUUAUUUCUAAUUCUUAUUAGAUUUUAAGUUGGUCUUUUUUUGAUAUAUUUGAAUAUUCCAUAAUUCCUUAUUAUAAAUAAUUUUCUUCUCUUUAAAUUUCUUCAAGUUCUUCUUUUACUUAUUAAGCUAAAUAUAAAUUUUAGGCUUUUUCUAAAAAUUCUUCAUUACCACUUUUACUAAAACAUAGAAAUGCCUAUUCAAAAAACCCGUUUUAAAGCAUUUUUUCGCCUUGUUUUAGCCAAUUUUCUUUACUAGUUUUUUAAAGGAAUUUUUCUACAAAAUUAGUUCCUUUAAACAUUUCAACAGCUUUAAGUUUUAGCCAAAAAGAUUCGAUUGCUUAUCGGUUUUUAGGUUUUUGGUCGUAUAUUAAAAUCCUUUUUUUAGCUCUAGUUAUGGAUACAUAUAAAGCUUUUAAUUCAAUACAUAAACCAGCGAAAUCUUUACUGUUUAAAGAUGAUUUAUAUUAGGAUAAUUAAUUUGUAUCCAAUUCCAUAUUUACUAACUCGAUUUUUUGAGAAUUAGGAAGCUUUAUUCCAUAAAAGGAGUCACUUUUAAUCUCACUGUCUAAUUAGGCUAAUUUUUAUAGCCUAUUUUAUCUAUUAGUCGAACGAGUUUAAAUUUCUUCUAUUUUUAAUUAAUUUAAGCUAAUAAUCAUAUGCUUGGCAUUCCAAUUAUCCAUAUAAUUUUCGUAUGAAUAUUAUUCUUUCUCUGAUUUUAGUUUUUUAAGUUAUUCUUAAUCUUCAUAUUCUUAUUUUAUAAUUUCAUUUCUUUCAUUUCUAAUUUAUUCUAAAGCAAUUAAUCUUUAUUAAUUCUUUUCGUUUAGAAUUCUCUCAUGUUCAUCGACGUCAAUAAUAUUAGAACUGAAUUUUAAUUAUCUUAAAAUCCCAUAUUAAUCAAUUACAUCAGAAUCAGUAAAGAAAUCAAAAAUAAUAACAUCAUCGAAUUCUAGUCCUUUAGAUUCAUAAAUAGUUAGACACAAAGCAUGUUAUAAUUAAGCAGGUAAUCGCUUUUUAGCUUCCUAAUUUCUAACUAAAACAACUUAAUUACAACCAAAUUCUAUAUUACUUCUCUCACUUUUCUCUUCUCCAGUUAAAGCCCAAAAUAAUGCUUCUAAAUCUUCACUUCCUAUUAUUAGUGGAAUAGGUCCUUCUUUAGGAGAUUAUUCUUUCCUUAAUCUAUCUAUAGUGGAGGAAAAGAAAAAUUCUAAAAUAUCGAUAAUAGAAUUUGCUAGAGUAAGAAUUUGUCUAUGAGUUCUAAAAUUAAUGUUUAAUUGUUUUACA